UAUAAUUGUCCAUGUUUCACCGAUGUUGGCAGGUUUCAUCGGUGACUCCCCCGUUUAUUUUCAGCACGUUCAUUUUCCUCUCCAAGGACUCUGUAAAACUUUCGGAAUGCGAUUGGCCACCGUCCGUCACCCACAACCCGUUUGUCGAUUGUCGGUACUCUACUAUACUGCAUUGCUAGCAUCUUCUAGACUAUGGUCUAUGGUCCAACACACGAAUUACCUGAUUCGUGGUCCAACACCGUACACGGUACACCAAAUCUCCAAUUACAUUUUAUAUUUCGUUCUCUCGUAAAUCGUGAUCUCGACGACUGGACGUUUCGGCCGCUGUCCGUCGUCUUAUCGGUCUCGGUAAAGCGGCUGGUCACUAUAAUUCUGUCUUUUUCGUCCUGUUACCUACAAACAUCUUGGGUUUGCAUAUUAAUAAACAUUAUUUAUUUAUUUGUGUACCUACUCUACAACAAAUUAUAUUAACAUACCUACCCAAUAAAAAUCAACUGCACAACAAAGUUCGGCCAUAUGCAAACGGUCAGCAACAUUUGACGCCGCUGCCUGUAUGUAAAAUUGUUAGAAGCUCUAAAGUCAACUUAAUUCCAACCUCAAAAGUAUCACAAAUUUCUUCAAAAAUAAUGGAUCGAGAUAUAAAAAAAAUACAAUCAGUGAUUAAUCAGAAAGAACAAUCAAUAGUUCCAUUAAAUUUAAAGAUUUCUAAAGAAGUAAGUAUAACCAGUAUAACAAAUGUCAAUGAUACAGAAAAUAGUAUAAUAUUGAAUAAGUUAAAAAAAUUACCUGGUAUUACUAUCAAUUUAGUUAAGACUGAACCAGUUUUUAAAGUUCCUGAAUCUCCAAGACUUAAAAAUAAUAAUAAAAAAAAAAAUAUCACAUCACAUAAUAAAUUAAAAGUUUCAUUUGAGAAAAAAGGAUUGUCAGAAAGAAGAGAUGAUAAUAUAGAAGCUAUGGAUAAUAAUUGUUUAACUUAUAAUAUUAUAAAUAUCUCAAACACAAAUUUAAAUCAAGGCAAAACUGUAAAACAAAAACAAAUAUUUAAUAAUAUGUCAUUGAUGACAAAAAGUUCAGAUCAAGGAAUUUUAAAGAAUCCAGAAGCAUCUUUAAAAAAAUAUCCAGUCUUGGAAAAGGAAAAUGUACAAAGAACUAGUUCUCCCAAAAAGCUUCCGAAAAAAGUACAAAGUAUUUCUAAGAUUAAAUCAAAAAGCUUAAAAACUAUAAAACCAGGAGAAGUAUCAAAUAAUUGUGAUAUUUUCUCUAAAGAAGUGAAAAAAGUUUCAGAUAAGGAUACAAUUAUUAAUAAUGCAAAAUUUAAAACCAACGAAUUGGCUAAUGGAAGUUAUAGGCUUAUGGAUUUAUCAACUGAUGGUCAAUUCAACAUUGUCCCGGCAUCUUUUCCUUCAAAUUUUAAUAAUGUUCAUGUUCCCGAGUAUAAUAAUUUUUUAAUGGGAAUUGGUAAAUCUUCUGAAGACUAUAAUAUGCAUUUGGAAACUUCUCAAAAUGAUACUGAAAACGGAUCAUUAAUAAUUAAAGAAGAGUUGGAUCAUUUUUCAGAUUUUCUAGGUUGUGUCAACACUUCACUAAAUAUAAAUAAAUCCAAUGAUAUUCAUUCUGAGUUAGCAUCUGAAUCUUUUAACAAUGGAAUUUCUUCUCUAGAUAAUAUUAAAGAUGAACAAUUAUAUAUAAACAAUAAAAGUAAAGAAAACAUAAAUGGAAAAUUUGAAGAUGAACAAAAACAUACCUCCAAUUUUUAUUUUUAUAAUCAUACUUCAAAACAACUACCUCUUCAACAUAAUAACAUGAAUCAAACAAUGGAUACAUACAUUAAACAAGAAGACAAACAACUAUUAGAAAAUGAUAAUUUGUUAUCAUUUAAUAUUUCCAACACUGAAAACAAUUUAAUGGAAUUCAACACAUCUAUACCACAAAUACUACCAAUUAAUACUCAUAAAAACUCUUCAAAUUUAAAGUCUAAUGAAAAUGAAAAUGGUAUUAAAAGAAAGCAAACUCAAAAUGAGUUGCAUGAAAAACUAAAAAAACAGAAGUUGUCUUAAGGUGCUUUAAUAAACAGCUUAUUUUUAAAAGUUAGAUGGAACAACUAUAGUAUUUAGAUUUCUGUACUUUAUAUUAUUAUAUUACUUUAUAUCAUGCAGAUAUAAAAACUUCAA